AUGAGAACCUUUUCCAUCGUGAAACCCGACGCGGUCGCGGCCGGAAACACCGGGGCCAUCCUGCAGUCGCUGGAAGCGGCCGGUUUCCGGCUGGUCGCCCUGCGCCUCGUCCGGAUGACCAAGGCCGAGGCGGAAGGGUUCUACGGCGUCCACCGCGAGCGGCCGUUCUUCUCGAGCCUCACUGAUUUCAUGUCCUCGGGCCCGGCGGUCGUCGUGGCUCUCGAGCGCGACGAUGCGAUCCGCGAACUGCGGCGCUUGAUGGGCGCCACGAACCCGGCCGACGCGGCUCCCGGCACCGUCCGGGCGCGCUUCGCCUCCUCCAUCGAACGCAAUGCGAUCCAUGGUUCGGAUUCGCCGGAAUCGGCCGCCUUCGAACUCGGUUACUUUUUCCCCGGUGUCGAAUUGGGCUGA